AUGCCAAACGCCGAUAAGAGGUCGACUUUGGGCUUAGAUCACUUUGAAAAAAUGUACCGGGUUGGAGACAAAGACGUCAAGUUACAGCUUUGGGAUACUGGUGGAAUGGAAAGAAUAGCAUCAGUUACUUCAAGUUAUUACAAAUAUGCCGAAGCAGCCAUCCUCGUAUUUUCUUUGGAUAAUGCUUCUUCAUUUCAUGUAUUGAGUCAACAUCUACUGGAUAUUGUAACUUACGCCGAGAAUGCAAAAAUAUAUUUAUGUGGCAACAAAUCAGAUUUAGAAGGAUCAUGUCCCCAAGUUACAGAUGCUGAUAUAGACAUCUUUUGUGAACAGUGUCACAACCUCAUCAGCAGUACAUAUAAAACAUCUUGUAAAAGUGGACAAGGCUUAGAAGAAAUGUUUAUAGAUAUUGCUCAGCAAUUGGUUGAAUCAAAUAGAUCAAGAAUUGAACUUCAGAGAUUAGAUCACAAUAGUUUCAAAAUAACUAAUCCAGAACCACCAGAUGAGCCAUCCUGUAAUUGU